UACAUUUCAGCAAAGUGUCCCGCGUGCAGUUGGACGAGAGAUCAUAGUGAUGUCAGGUAAGGGGGGGCUUAAGCAGGCAGAUAAAGCCAAGCUAAUAGAGAUAACAUGAAUCUGUAAUUAAAGGUCUUUUUUAGUUAAGACAAGGAGCUGGCACUUGUUGGCCGAAGCGUUUGUGGCAGGACUGAAGACCUGAGACUUCUGAGAGUUGUGGACUUUCUUGCUGCAGCUUUAGUUCUCAUGCUCAUUUUGGAAUCAUUUUGCUGGUUUGGAAUGAAUGUAUUAAUAUUGUCAUCCUGACUGAGAGUUUGGACACAUUCCUAGUUCUCUGGCAGACGUUCAGAGACGAAAAGAAACGACAUUACGGAAAUAUCUUACACCUGAGUGAGUGAAGAUAAAGCACAGGAGGAGUGAACAGCGGCUAAUGAACCGGAAGUCUCGCCCAUAAGUUUACUUCUGCGUUAAAGAAUAAGGAGAGGCAGUGUCAUGACCCCACGUGAACAGCUAAGGAAGAUAUCAGCGCUGGGAGAGCAAGGCGCUCUAGAUGAGAAACACUGGUACCGACUGGUCAAUGGAAUGUCUGCUGGAGCAGAGUUACGGCAAAGGCAGGAGCUCAUGAUGAGGAACCAGAUGGCCAUGGCUCCACAGAUCUUGGCUCAGGGGCAGCAGAGACUGCAGGGUGUGCCUGCACAGUUUGAUCCCCGCUUCAUGGAAAGGGAACUGGUGCCACCCACUGAAAUGGUAUCAGCUGAUGCUAGACAAAUCCACAUGGGUGCCCACCUCGGCCCACCUCUGCCCCCAAACUCCAAUGUUAUUCCAGGCAGAGGAUUCCCUGGCACAGGAUACGGCUUCCUUCCAACUGAAUCCAUGGAGACGGUUGCUAGACGACAAGAGUUAAUUCACAAACAGAACAUAGCCAGGAUGGAGAUGAAUGCUAUCCUGCACCAAAAAGAACUGGAGAACGCCCACCAAAAGGGUCUUAUUGGGAUGGAGAAUCCCAUGAUGUACCAGGGCAUCCAACCCAACCCAAUGGCCUUCAGAGGACGCCAGCGACUCCCAGACAGUCAUGAUGUAUUCGUCCAUCGCACUGCCCUUGAAGACCUGCAUGCUAACAGUAUCCUCAUGUCAAGCCCUUACCCUCCAAUCAGCUCACUGCAAAGGGAGCGGGGACGCAGGACCGGCAGAAGGACCGCCAAUCAUAAAAGCUCAGACAGCAACAUCACUCUCCCCAAGGGCCAAUCAGAAGAGAAAAACAUCGAGCAGAGCCCAGGAGCUGCCUCAGGGGAAGAGAAGGAAGUUGAAGGGAAAGGCGAAAUGAGCAACGAGGCCACCACCAGCAAACCACACCAAACCAAAGUAGAAACAGAGCUGUCCUCUGGAUGUAGUAGGAAGGGUUUUAAGGAAGGAGAGACAGCGAUUCGCAAGGCGUGUAUUAGUGGACAGGAGGGAUGUGCGGAAGUCACCAACUGCAAUGCUAGCACCAGUGACAAAGACAUAUCCAAUCCUUGCUCGGCUUUCCAAGAAAAGUUUCUGUACCCAUCUGCCACUGGCCCACUCACAGGGAUGCCCUACAUGCUCCCCGUGCCAGGAAAUGGACUUGUACCACUUGGACAUCCUAAUAUGUUUCUUAAUGGAGAGGAGAUGUCUUCAUUAGAAGAUAUUCGCAAGUGGUCAGUUGAUGACGUCUACAACUUCAUCAGUGAAAUACCAAGCUGCGCUGAGUAUGCACAGACUUUUAAAGACCACAUGAUUGAUGGAGAGACGUUACCUCUUCUUACAGAGGACCACCUUCUGGAUACACUUGGGCUAAAACUUGGGCCUGCACUCAAGAUACGAUCACAGUUGUCCCGACGGCUGGGUAACAUGUUCUACAACAUGAUGAACUUGCCUCUCCCUGUCUCUGGUCUGCAGCCUCCACCUGAGAAGAGCGGGGACAGAUCAUCAGACAUCAGCUCCCCCCUCAACUGCAACAGUGUGGAGCUGCUCAGCAGCCCCAGAGACACAGAGGCUCUUAAAUCUACAGAGCCUGUAAGUGAAGCUGAUAAUCCCUCACCAACCCAGAUGAGUGAGACCACCUAAAAGAGCAUGCAGAACUGUUGGACUUAUUUUUUUACCUCAAAAUUUGUUACUGUUUUGACACCUAAUGCAAAAGGUAGACAGGCACUGACAUUUCUAGAGUGAAUAUCAUAUAUUUUUAAAUAUUCAUUACAAAUGUAUUAUGCAAUAAGGUCAGAAUGUGGUCUCCAACAGAGUUAGAUUUUCCAGUGCUGGGAUUUUUUAUAUAUGUAUAUUUUGUAAUAUGUUAGCAAAUCAAUUACAGCUCAUGUCCUUAUCAUUACAGACUUUUUUAUUGUAAAAUUGUUUUUUGGUUUUUACUUUAAACUGGAAUUAUUCUGUAUUGUCAUGCGUUGUUUGCU